GGGGAAAUGCCCCUACUCUAGGCCUUUCGGGUUGCGCGGGCGGGCCAGCUUGCCGCGGGGAGAGUGAGAGCUCUCGAGGCCGCUCACGGGAGGAUUUUCACAAGAUGUAUUUGAUAGAGAACUCUCUGAGUGGUGUCCCCCCAGGCCUACAGCACCCUGGGGGCACUUUGCUAAAUUAAGACUCUCCUGCAGAUGGAGGAACUGGAGCAAGGCCUGCUGAUGCAGCCGUGGGCAUGGCUACAGCUUGCCGAGAAUUCCCUCUUGGCCAAGGCUUAUAUCACCAAGCAGGGCUAUGCCUUGCUGGUUUCAGAUCUUCAACAGGUGUGGCAUGAACAGGUGGACACUAGUGUGAUCAGCCAGCGAGCCAAGGAGCUGAACAAGCGCCUCACUGCUCCUCCUGCGGCUUUUCUUUGUCAUUUGGAUGAUCUGCUUUGCCCACUGUUGAAGGACACUGCUUGCCCUGGCAAAGCUACAUUCUCCUGUGAUCGUGUGGCAGAGGCGCUGAUACUCCGGGUGCGGAGUGAGCUCUCUGGUCUCCCAUUCUAUUGGAAUUUCCACUGCAUCCUAGCUAGCCCUUCGCUGGUCUCCCAACAUUUGAUUCGUCCUCUGAUGGGCAUGAGUCUGGCACUGCAGUGCCAGGUGAGGGACCUAGCAACAUUGCUUCGUAUGAAAGAUCUGGAGAUCCAGGACUACCAGGAGAGUGGGGCUACGCUGAGCCGAGAUCGGUUGAAGACAGAGCCAUUUGAAGAGAAUUCCUUCUUGGGACAGUUUAUGGUAGAGAAACUACCAGAGGCAUGCAGUGUUGGUGACGGAAAACCCUUUGUCACAAAUCUACAGAGUCUGUAUAUGGCAGUCACCAGACAAGAGAUCCAAGUGGGACAGAAGCUUCGAGGCACUGAAGAUCCCCAGACCUCAAGCAGUGCCUCCUCACAAGGAACUGAUAGCCAACCUCCGAAUCAGCCAGAAGAGCCGGCCUCCUCAGCACCGUCCCUCCCAGUGCCUGAAAAAGAGCCCACAGUUACUUCAGGCCCUAUGCAGAGACCUCAGCUGUUGAAGGUCAAGAGGAAGAAGCUAAGGGGGCUCUUCAGUUAACCGGUCACUGUCUCAACUGCUGAGGAUGGACUCAGAGAGUAGUUUCCUAGUGUCACCUUGAAAGGAGGUCCUGUGACAGCAGCAUCUCUGACACAGAGUUACACAGUCAGGGACUCCACUGUAAGGGCAAGAUAACUGAAGUUCAUGUUGACAGGCAUGGAUACUAUUAACUGAGGGAAUCCUGGCUCCAAUCCAUCGGGCACUGGCCUUCCCUGUCCGAGUGGAAGCCAAUCUCUGGGAAUCCCAUACCCUCCUUUCUUUUGGUGAAGGUUCUCUAGACCCAGGAUCUACCAUGGACUUUAGGUAUAUGGGGCAGGUCUGCAGAAAGGCACAGCAUGCUUAGGAAGCCUUGUCUACCUUUCUUAAGAGUCCCUAGCCAGUCCCAGGUGUUCCUUAGAGACCCUCUCCUCUCUUUAGCAUGGAAUAAAAAGCACUCACACUCCCUGCUUUUGAGAUUGCUUAUCUGUGGAACACAUACCAACUCACUUCACUUUACCGGGUCCCACCCCAUUGUUGUCUCUGGAUGAAGUCUAGGCCCUCGGUCUAAUCCUUCAGGUUCUUCUUAUACUUCUCUUCUGUGGCCUGUGCUAAGCCUCCAAUCAGGAGCUUUGAUCUUGAGACCUCUCUCCAUGGUGGGCACAAGAUAGCAGAACAUAUGGUUUCUGUGCUCUUUGGUCCAACUUGAUAUGGGGUUUUUUUUUGUCUAUUUCCAAGGCAUAGACAACAGGUUAAUAUGGGAUUGAAUAUGGGAUUGAAAUUACAAAGAGCUCUGAGCCCUAGGGCCAAGUUAGUUUCCCGGAGUGGGAGAAAAAGGAAUUUUAUUUUCCCAUCCUUCACUUCACUUCAAAUAACAUAGUAACUAGAAGAACUAGAAAAGAUAGGAUGACAGGGAACAGGAAAUAUGGCCAGAGGAGUUCUCUGGAACCAAAAGAAUUGAUGUAUAGAAUGGAUAGUGCUUAGCAGGAAAAUAUGUAAAGACUGUAUGAGAUAGGCAGAAUCUUAGUUAGAAAGUGAACUCUUUGGACAAAUCUAGCAGGAUUUGAGACUUCCCUGGCUGUCCAGUGGAUAGGACUCGGUACUUUCACUGCUGUGGCCCCGGUCGGGGAACUAAGAUUCCACAAGCUGCGUGGCAUGGCCAAAAAAAAAAAAAAGAAGAAGAUUUAGCAGAAGAGGAUUCGCAGAGUUCCUUGGCCUUCUCUGCUAGGUUUUCCUCUAUAGGUAAGACCAUCUGAAACUUUACCUUGGAGAGACAGGAAGGAAAGUAGAACUCAGAUAUUCACUGGGAGCUGUUAGGUAGAGGCCUUUUCUGGUUCAGUUACUUACGAUGGUCAAAGGCCUCCUCGUCCACAUGUCCUUUCUGGCUGGGACUGGUGUGUCUGUCCCCAUGUCAAGUCUUGAGGGAAAGAGGAUGAUCCAAGUAAUUAUAAUAAUGAUUAUAAUAACGAUAAUAAACAGCUACCAGUUAAUGUAUACCAGGUACUCUAAUAAGUGCCUGGCAUUGAAUCCUCACAGCAUCAUAUGAAGAAGAUACUGUUAACCCACUAGGAAAUGGAGUCUUGAAGGGACUAAGUGACUUAUCAGAGGUCACACAGCUAAUAAGUAACAGCCAGAAUUUGAACCCAGACAGCUGAGUUCUAAACUGCAUUAUUACAUACAUUACCGAAAACAUUUUCCAGGAAGGAUGUAACGUCCUUCUUUCUCCUGUGACGCUGCCUCUUUUCAAAGAGGAUGUUCUUUCUACUCCCUAUUAGCUCUUCAAGGGAGGAGCCUUGGCGGACUCCAGGACUUACCACCAGGCCUUUUUACCUGCUGGCAGAGUCUGAGAGAGCUCCACCAGGGCUCAUUCCCAGUUGCUGCUGAUAACCUUCUUUACCCUCAGACCCAGUCUGUGCCCUGGUGGUGACUGUCAUUGAAGUGAAUUGGGAACUAUGUAAAAACAAUCUAUCAGAUGACUUACUUUGUUGUUUAGUUUCUCUUGGCAUAAUUUAGAUGGCCAGAUUUCAAGGUAUGAGACCACAUGAAAAAUGGAAAGACUUCCGCAGCAAGCUGGGGGAAAAUAAGGGUUCUUUACCCUAGAUAAUCCUUCUGCCCUAAGAGCACAGUCUCAAGAGC